AUGUCGGGUCCUGUGGUGGAUAUACUGAUAAGGAACGACAAGGCAGCUGCCCUCGAAGCGCUUCGGAAUCUGUGGAGCUACCGACUGUUGGAGGUUGUUGACAAUGGAUCUGAAUGCCAUGAAAACAUCACGGUUUGCUUGUAUGGAGCACUUAUUUUUGAGCCGGCCUGUGUCACUGUACGCAUUUUGGAGACUAUCACAUUGAAAUUGUUUACCUGA